UUUCUGAACAGGCCCGUAACAGUGCUGCCUUUGCGAUUACUUAAUGAAACAAAAAGCACAACAAUUGAACUCAAAUAGUCCUGAUAAAUUAUGAUUAUGAUAAUUAUCAAAGAAUUAUUAAAAAUAAAGUGUGUUCCAAUGGUUUUUAAUAACAUAAAAAUUACUUAGUAUUGACGUGAUAAAUAUUUCAGUAUAUUGCCUUUAAUAUAACGUUUUGUGGUUCUACAAGUGAGUUAAUUGAAAUGGCAGGUAUUGUACCAUUGCCAGGAAAAACCAUUCGUAAACAGUGGUUCAUGCACGAUGAACCAAGAGGCUCAUUUCGAGGACUAAGAUCUCAGUUACCAGAAGAUAAUCAUCCUGAAUCUCAGCUUAUUUUAGCUAAAAGAUUUUUAGAAGAAACAAAUGAACACGAUGUUGACAAGGAAGAAAAUGCCAAAAUAGGUGUUCACUGGUUGAUUAAAGCUUCAGAACAAGGUAACUUUGAAGCAACGGAAAUACUAAGAAAAUGUUUAGAAACAGGUAACGGUAUAACUGAGCAUAAUUAUUAUGAUGUAAAGUGCUGUUUAAGCAUGUCACAAGACGAAAAAUUAGCAAGACGUGCAGCAAGAUAUUUAUUUACAAACUUAUCAAAAGGCGAAGAUUUUGUAACAAUUGAUCAACUUCAAAAACAAAUGAUGAUUGCUCGUCAAAGAUCAAGAAGUAGUUCAGAAGAUUCCCUUGAUGAUUCAGAUAAAUCGGAUAAAAGUGAUGAUAGUAAAGAAGAAAAAGUUAUAAAUAAUGAACCGCAAAAAUCAUUAGAAUAUGGAAUCGGAAUAUCAGAUAAACAUCAUCACCAUCAUCGUGGUGAAAAAAUAACAGAAGCUGCGUUAGUUUCAGCAGCAAGUAGUUACGCUAGAGGUUUACUUCCAACAGUAUCAAAAUCGCUGUGUAUGAUUGAUCCUGCCCAACUUGAACUUAAUAAUAUUCCAUUUCUUCAACGACCUUUUGUUCAUCCAGUAGCAUCACUGAAAUCUCUCUAUGAAUGGAUCAUUAAAAAAAUUGGUGGACGUGAUGGAAAUUUUUUAAAAUUAUUUUUUACAUCAAACAUACAAACACUACUUCUUCUUAUACUUUAUCCCCUAUUUGGAACUGAAAGUCUUGUGCUAUUUCUUCCAAUGCUUGCCUAUUAUAUUUCAUUUAUAAUAAUGGUUGUUGCGACAUUUCAAAUGUUACAUUCUCAAAGAGAACUAAAUAAUUUUCAAAAUUGGUCAGGAUUAUUUAUUAGUUAUUCAGGUACUUUAAAUCCUGAAGAAGCAGAGUAUCAGUUUUGUCGAAAUAAUUUAAAACCAUAUGGUCAUUUUUUUCUUGCAUUACUAGUUAAUCUCAUGAUUUAUCCAAUAAUUGCCCAUCAAUGGACUCCACAAAGUGAAUUUACUCUUAUUGCUUUUAUUUUAACAUCAAUAACACUCGUUAAUUUUUCAUGGCAAGAUAGUAGAUUUCCUGAUAUUUGGGUAUUAUUUAGUUUUGGUGUACAUGUCCUCGCAAAAUAUCCAUAUGAGACAGAUAUUGUUGUUGGUCAAACAUGGAGAUUUUUGGAUAUUCGUGUGCCAACAUUUGCAUCAUAUUUUGUUGGUAACGGUAUUGAAUUUUGUUUAAAUUUUCGAGCAGUCUUUUAUCUACUCAUACCAGCCGUUUUCAUGAAAAUUGGAUCGAGAGAGGGCUGGAAAGGAACGUACAAAACACUCAUACCUCAUUGUGUAACAUUGAGUUGGUGGCAAAUUGCAAUAUUAAGUUCACAGGGUGCAACAUGGUAUGGACUUAUCAGAGGUGCACUUGCUCUUGUUGGAUUGGUUUUAUUUUUACCGAUUGCAGGACUUGCUUCAAUUCUAUUACCAAUUGUUGCAUCAGUGAAGUAUUUAUCAGACUCACAGGUAGCAGUAAAAAUUAUUGUAACGACUAUUUUAGGUGGUCUCCCUUUUGUGGCAUCAUGGCUUUUGAGAAAAACCAGGAUUUCACAAUUCAACUGGAUUGUAACUGGUCUUCAAGUUAUUCUUGGACUUAUUGCUGUUAUUUUUUUGUCCUGGCCAAUCUCACAAGAUUUCAGAAGUGAUGAUUCUGUUGAUAUAAUGAGUCAAAAUGAUGUACCAACAUUGACGUGGGAACAGUAUCAGAAUCAUUGCCAUCAACCAGCUUGGGAGGAAUUAUCAAACAAAGCUCAAGUACAGCUUCAGUGUGCACAACUGGAAGGUAUAUUAGUGUCCUGGGAAGGCUAUGUUACAAAUAUUCAAAUCAAAGCAAUUGAUAAUACUAUUGAGAAUUUUAUCCGAAAACUACCAACUUCAUUGGAAUCAAAAAUGUCCUGUAUUUUCGGUGAAACUGUUAAUCAAGAUUAUUGCAAAAAAUCUAAUCCUGUAUUAGGCACAUAUUGUAACAUAAUUGGCACAACAAAUCAGCAAAAAGAACGUUGUCAUCUUUUCAAUUGGAACAGAUAUGAAUUUGAAAUAAGUGUUAAAAUGAAAAAUGGAAUUUGGGGUAAUAAGGCAGAAAUAGUAUUGAUUGGUGAUGAUUCAUUUAAAAAUUUCAGUUUGAAUAUUUAUCCUGGUGAUCAAAUACGCUUUUCAGGUAUAUUGACAAAUUAUAAACUUGAAAAUGAAUCAUUACUUGGUGGAUCAAGACCUCAUGUUUAUUUAGAAGACAUUGGCUGUCUUGUUUGUCAUACAAUUGAUUUAAAAUCAUACAAACGACAACCAAGAUUUAAAUUAACAUUUAAUUUAUUUUGGUCAACACUUGUUCUUGGUUUUAAAACUAUUUUAAAUUUUUUACUUAAUCCACUUGUUGUUUUUAAAUAAGAAUCAUUGUACUCAUCAGUUUUGUAAAAAAUUAUCGUGAAAUAUAUUUUUUAUUUUUUAUUAUUAUUACUUUUUAAAAGUAAUAUUUGUAAAUACUAUUAAAAUUGAAUAUUUCUUGAAUAAUAUUGGUUAUUAGAAAAUUACAAAAUUAUUAUUAAGUAUGAUUGAUUAAAUUAAAAUACUUCAACAAAAUUUUAAAUUAAUUAAAUGUAAAAAUAAAUUAAA